CCCAAACCUAGCUACAAAUAUUACCAAAAUAUCUUAAUCAAACCAUUUACCUUAGACAAAGGUACACACAAUAGAAAUUUUUAUCCUGGCGCAAGAGACAUAAGUACCAUAAGGGAAAGAUGAAAGAACUGUCUCAAGCACUAAAAAGCAAAUAUAAACCCUAUACCUUCUGCAUAAUACAUUAACCAGAAAUAGCUUUACACAGAGAACUAUAGUCAAGUUCCCUGAAACCAGACGAGCUACCCAAGAACAGCUGAAAGAGCACACUCUCCUAUGUGGCAAAAUAUUGGGAAGAUUUAUGUGUAGUGGUGACAAGUCUACCAAACCUGGUGAUAGGUGGUUGUCCAACAUAGAAUCUUAGUUCAACUUUAAACUACCCACAGAAUUAUUUAAUCUCCCUGUAAGUUUAACUGUUAGUCUAAAGAGGAACAGCUCUUUAGACCCCAGGGAACAACCUUCCUACAGAGAGUAAAAAAUAUUACUACCAUAGUUGGCCCAAAAGCAGCCACCAAUGAGGAAAGUAUUUAAGCUCAAUAUCUAACUUUUAAAAUUCUAAUUACUCUACUGAACUCCUAGCAUCACAUUGGGCUAAUCUAUUAUCUAAUAGAAACAAUAAUGUUAGUAUAAGUAACAUGAAGACAUUCACCAUUGCUUAAGCUUACAUCAGACUGGAAUAACCCACUGACAGUUAACAUCCUAAUACUAAUAAAUGAUAUAAUAAGCACCCUAUUAUUGAUAAUGUUAACCCGACACAGGUAUACUCUAAGAAAAUAUUACAAAAAGUAAAAGGAACUCGGCAAAUCAUACCCUGCCUGUUUACUAAAAACAUCACUCUAGCAUUACCAGUAUUAGAGUCACUGCCUGCCCAGUGACAUAUGUUCAAUGGCCGCAGUAUCCUGACCAUGCAAAGGUAGCAUAAUCACUUGUUCCCUAAAGAGAGACUUGUAUGAAUGGCCACAGGAGGGUUCAGCUGUCUCUUAUUUUUAAUCAGUGAAAUUGACCUGUCCGUGAAGAGGCGGAUAUAAACAGAUAAGAUGAGAACACCCUAUGGAGCUUUAAUUCAUUAAUGCAAAUAAAAAUUCAAGCAAGCCUAAAGGCCCUAGCCUAUAAUCCCUGCACUAAAAAUUUUGGUUGGAGUGACUUCAGAGCAUAAUUCAACCCCUGAACAACCUAAACUAAGACCACUAGUCUAAUCGAGUUAAUACCCAUUUACCCAAUAAUUUGAUCAAUGGAAUAAGUUACCCUAGGGAUAACAGCACAAUUCUAUUCUAGAGUUCAUAUCGACAAUAGGGUUUAUGACCUGGAUGUUGGAUCAGGACAUCCUAACGGUGUAGCCACUAUUAAGUGUUCAUUUGUUCAAUGAUUAAAGUCCUAAGUGAUCUGAGUUCAGACCGGAGUAAUCCAGGUCGGUUUCUAUCUAUUUAACAUUUCUCCUAGUAUGAAAGACAAGAGAAAUAGAGCCCACUUCAUAAAGCCCUCUCACUCCAUAGAUGAUGCUCUCAAUCUAACAAAUCAUGACACACACACUACUCAAGAACAGGGUUUAUUAAGA